UUGAAAGUACCCGCGUUAUAACGACCAAGAGAAAUCUAACAAAUCAAGCGCCCCUUAGUACUCAACUGUAAGCCUGCUACUCUCUAAAACAACCUAAAUGAGCUCUUACUUUAUAAACUCGUUCUCGGGGCGCUACCCAAAUGGCCCCGACUAUCAACUGCUAAAUUAUGGAGCCAGCAGCGGCGCAAUGAACGGCGGGACAUACAGGGACUCUUCCUCCGCCACCAUGCACCAUGCGACGGGCUCCUACGGCUACAGCUACAAUGGCAUGGACCUGACCGUCAACAACCGGGGAGGGGGGAGCAACGGCGCUGCCGCCACUGGAGCACACUUCGGGGGCGGCUCGGUCGUCGGGGAUUCCCGAGGUUUUGGUUCCCCGACCUCGGAUAGAGGCUUCAGACAGCCGCCCAGCUGCUCCCUCGCCUCCGCGGCGGACUCCCUCCUGUCACCCGGCAGCGGAGACUCCAAUCUGGGCGCCAAGAGCUCCUCUCCCCGCUCGGAGCAACCAGGAAGCGGUAAUCUCGGUUCGCCAAACCUCUCCUCUUCCUCGUCCUCCGGCGGCGCGGUGCAGCGCUUCGCUGAGCCGGACGACGCGUCGUCAGAAACGGAGGAGCUGCAGCACAACCGGGCCGCCGUCGGCAAUGGCAGCAACCCUGCGCCCAGGACGGGGCACCCACAGCCCGGGCAAAAACAGGAGGGCGGCUCGGCGGGACCAGCCGCUGCCACGGCCGGAAACACGACGGGAAGCGACGGACAGACACCACAGAUCUUCCCCUGGAUGAGAAAGCUGCACAUUAGCCAUGAUAUGACGGGACCCGACGGGAAACGGGCCCGGACGGCGUACACCCGCUACCAGACGCUCGAGCUGGAGAAGGAGUUCCACUUCAACCGGUACCUCACGCGGCGGCGGCGGAUAGAGAUCGCGCACGCGCUGUGCCUGACGGAGCGGCAGAUCAAGAUCUGGUUCCAGAACCGCAGGAUGAAGUGGAAGAAGGACAACAAACUGAAAAGCAUGAGCCUCGCCACGGCCGGAAGCGCCUUCCAACCCUAAAAGAUAAAAUAAU